AUGUUGUCGGUGUCGCUGGUGUUGUUCUUCCUCUUCUCUUCUUCAGCUGUUCUGGGUGCUGACGAUUAUCGGACCUGCUAUUAUCCCGGAGGAAACAAGGCCUUGGGUCAUAUGCCGUGUUCGGACGAGGAACAAACCGCAUGUUGUGCCAGCGACCAUAUCUGUAUGGCUAACGGUCUCUGCAUAGAGGCCGGGAGUAGCCAACCAUACGGGUUUUCGCGGGCGGCCUGUACGGAUCGAAACUGGGGCGCUGGCUGUCCGCAAGUAUGCAUCAGCACAUCGGAUAACCAAAACGCUGGAUGCGCAAUUAUACCAUUUCACGCCAACGGAGACGACAGCACGUACUGCUGCAACGCGAUUGUGUCAAAUGGAAGCGCUGCCGUCUGUGACAAUGAUCGAGAUCCUUUCAAACUCGCAAGCGGUACGGUCAUCCCAGGGCGCGCAUAUCUCUCGAACCUGACCACCAAGGAUUCCGGCAACAACAACAAUCGAGACGUCGCCAUCGGAGCUGGCGUGGGCGUGCCACUUGGCGUGCUGUUCCUCACAGCAUUGGGAUGGGCUCUUUUUGAACGGAGGAAGAGAUACGCGCUGUUGAAUUCCACUGCUGCGGCAGCCCCCCUUCCCGUACAACAGCCCGGAGCUGGCGGGCAGACCGUGAUGCCUCAGGGGAUGGCAGCGGCAGCAGUAGCGCCAGUGCUAGCACCUGCACCAGCAACACCACUACAAGAGUUAGAAGCGGCAAAGCGAGCAAGACCACAGGAGUUGGAAGCACGAUGGUGA